GUGAUCAGUAGAGGUGAUCAAUAGAGGUGAUCAUGGGGAUCAAGGUUCAGCGCACUCGGUGUUUCCUUGACAUUGGAAUAAGUAAUGUGCUCGUCGGCAGGGUUGUGGUGGAAUUGUUUUCAGACAUCUGUCCCAAAACCUGUGAAAACUUCAGAUGCCUCUGCACAGGUGAAAAGGGCAUUGGCAAAGGAACCCAGAAACCGCUGCACUACAAAGGAUGUCUGUUCCAUCGAAUUGUAAAAGACUUCAUGAUUCAAGGAGGAGACUUCAGUGAAGGCAACGGAAGAGGAGGCGAAUCCAUCUAUGGAGGCUUUUUUGAAGAUGAAAGCUUUGCUGUUAAACACAACAAGGAGUACCUGCUGUCUAUGGCCAAUAGGGGCAAAGAUACAAAUGGAUCACAGUUUUUUAUAACAACAAAACCCUCGCCACAUCUGGAUGGUGUCCAUGUGGUAUUUGGUCAUGUGAUCUCUGGCCAAGAGGUUGUCCAAACCAUGGAGAACCAGAAAACAGAUCCUAAUAGCAGACCGUAUGCCGAGGUGAAAGUUUUGAACUGUGGAGAGCUCGUCCCUAAAUCUAAAGCAAAGAAAGAUGCAAAAAAGAAAGAGCGAGCCUCUUCCAGUUCCAGCAGUAGCUCCAGCGACUCUGAGAGCUCAUCACAAUCCUCCUCUGAUUCUGAAGAGUCCGAGAAAGAAUCUAAGAAAAAGAAAAAGAAGGCAAAAAAGCUCAAAAAGAAACAGAAGAAGGACAAGAAAAGUUCAGAGGCUGAAAGUGCUGAAGAGAAGGAACAAGAAGAGUUGGUUACAUCUACUGUACGUCCGGAAGAAAUUCCACCUAUCCCAGAGAAUCGAUUCCUCAUGAGGAGGAGCCCCCAGGCGGUCCAGAAGUCAAAAGAGGAGCCUGAAAAGGAUCAACGGAAUAAAGAGGAAAGGCCGAGAGAAAGUACUGUCACAACAUAUAAUUCUCAGUCAGCCUAUCACAGAAGGCUGGUGAUGACACGAUCUGGGAGGAAGAUAAAAGGCAGGGGUCCAAGGCGGUAUCGGACUCCGUCACGCUCCCGUUCGAGGUCCAGAGACCGCUUUCGACGCAGUGAAACCCCUCCACACUGGCGUCAGGAGAUGCACCGUCAGAGGAUGAGGGCGGUAACUGGAGAGCGCUGGAUUAAGGGUGACAGAGGUGACAUGAAUGAGGCCAAGGAAGAGGCUGCAAAAACUCCAAGAAGAGAGAGACGGACCUCCAACGCAAAGCAUGAACACGCGUCUGAGGGUAAAAAAGACAAGAAAACUCGGUCACAUAGAUCCAAAAGCAAAGAAGAGGACACCGUUGAGAAGGAUGAGAAGCAAAGCAAACACAAGGCAAAGAAAAGGGAUAAAUCUCAAAGCCGCAGUAAGAGCAGGGAAAAGAGUAGGAGGUCAAAAAGCAGAGAGAAGGCUCAGAAGCACAAAAGUGACGACAGAAAAGGUCGCUCAAGGAGCAAAGACCGAAGCGCUAGUAAGAAAGAAAAGGAGUCAGAAUCUAGUAACAGUAAAGAUAGAAAUAAAGGCCACGAGUCUGAUAAAAAGCAUAAAGAGGACACCAAAGGAAGAAAUGGUGAGAGAACUAGGACGAAGUCACGAAGCAAGGAAAGAACGACAACAAAAGAUGGGUACAGAUCUAGUAGCAGGAACAGGGAUAGGAGUAGACCUGAAGGGUCGAAAGACAAAGAAGAAAAACGAGACAAAGACAGAGAGCGGGGCAGAGAACGGAGCAGGAGUCAGGAAAGACGACACAACAGUGACAGGGAGAAUAAGAAGCGAGGAACGUCCAGGGAUAAGGAACAUAGAACAAGAAGUCCAGACAGAAACAAGCCUAGAGACUCGCACAGAAGCAGGCGCUCCAGAAGCAAGAGUAACAAGAGAGACCAUAGCAAAGACCGGUCAUCUCAUAGAAAGGACAAAGACAGAGAAGCUGCCAACCACAGGAGGAGACGUAGCAGCAGCUCCGAGAGUGAUAGAGACGAGAAAAGGAAGAGCCAAAAGAGCCCAGAUUCCAAACGGAGCAGAGCAAAAAGUACCUCCAAAUCCAAAGACCGAAGAAGUCCGGCUAAACCGAGACCAGAUAGUACGAAGGGCAAAGACAGAAACGACAGCAAGAGGAAUAAAUCGAGCUCUAGCUCAAGCUCCGACAGCGACUGAGCCCGUGAUGAUAUCGUAAAGAAAUAGAUUUGGGGAGGGGGGGGAAGAGUUCCUAUUUUAUACCGCCUACACAUGUAGUAUGCAACACCAGCUUUCCAUCUAGAGUGGGACUUGUUCACAUUCCUCAUUCAGUGCAAAAAAAAAAAAAAAAACACUCCCAGGUUCAGCCAAAACUAACAUGAUCCAAAAGUCUGUCAAAGCGAAUUCCCAAAGCUGUUAAGAACUGACUGAUUGCAUAAGAAGCCAUGCUUGAAGAUAGAAGCCGUUGUAAAGGCAGACUGCGGCGUCCUUUUGAGCUUUUGGCACUGAAUAGGUGUAGAUUCGUCCCCCGUUAAGUGCAUUACACUGUCGAUGGGUAGCUGAAGCUGCAUGGCCAGUUUAGAGAAAAUGGAUUUGUGACUGCAAAAAGCAACUUAGCAGCGAGUAUAAACGUACCAGGUUUUCUUUAUAAUUGUACUUUACCAGAGGAAGUCCGUUUUUCUUUUUUUAAAUUGUGGAUUCUUUGGUAAAUUAUAUUUUGGGUUUACAAUAGCUACAAUUUCAAACUGUUUAUAACAAGCAGAUUCAAGGUUUCACUGUAACAGAGAUCUUUUAAAUGUCUUUGUUGCCCCCUUUAAUGUUAUUUAACAGUCGCUGAAGGGGAUAAGGACUGUCUGAUGUUUACCUGUCCAUUUUAUUUUUUUACUGCAUCAAUCAAUUUGAAAGCACUCAAUUUCUUGCAUGCUUAUCCCUGUCAUUGUUAGAUGAAAUAUGUACAUUUGUACAUCCACCACCUUUUACUGUAAUCUUANNUGUUUUUGUUUUUUUAUGAAAAAAAAGUUAAUGUCUUACUGUAAGUACAAUAUAAAAUCAAUUUGUAUAAAUUGUGAUUUGUGCAAGUUGGUUUUAAGAAGUCGACUGCAGUGAAGAAUGAAUUAAAAAGGCUCAACUUUGAUUUUAAUAAAUUGUUUAAUAUUCUGUAAA